AUGACUAACGCGCCCAAGUCCAAGUCCCUCCGCCUGACAUCUGACGGCGCGGCAUCACUCCAAGCCGCGCUCUCGUCCGCAGCAAAGGACCUCGGUGCGCCGACCACACUCGCCCUUGCGGACGCGGACGGAGUGUUCCUCCACCUCGAAGCUGGACCAUUUGAUCCCCUCACCCCAGGCAGGGAUGUGGAGAGCGACGACGUGAUGUGGUUCGCAAGCACGACCAAGCUGCUUACAUCUAUCUGCUACCUCCAACUCGUGGACGAGGGCAAGCUUACUCUCGACACGAACAUGCGAUCCCUCUUUCCACCCCUGGAUUUGGCUGCGUCCCAGAUCAUUAAAGGCUUUGAUAAGGGAAAGCCGAUAAUGGAAAGCAAUGACGCGCCAGUCACCCUAGGGCAGAUGCUUAAUCAGACGAGCGGGUUUGGGAAAGAGUUUGGGGACAAGGUACCUCUCUGGAAGAAGGUCGCGGACAAGGGGACCGGGUUUGUCAACUCGUGCAAGAUUGACAACCUCAUCCACACACCGCUCUGCUUCGCACCGGGAACGUCGUACGAGUACGGCAACUCGGCGGAAUGGCUCGGCCUCAUCCUCCCCACCCUGGUUGGGAUGAGCACGGAAGAGUAUUUCCAGACUCACCUUUUACGCCCGCUCGGAAUGGCCAACACGUCUUUCUACCCCGACCAUCCCGAGUGGACCGACCGCCUCCUUCCCCUCCGCUUCCGGUCUGAGACCGGGUAUGAGGAGCUCAAGGACCAACUGCCACUCCUAACCCUUCCGAGGAAGCGCCAAGACAUAGAAUACCCCGUCGCCGGCGGAGGCAUCUACUCGUCCUCCUCAGACUACAUCAAGGUUCUGCACCACCUACUCCAGCACCGUCUCUCUCUCUCCGGCCGUGCCACCCGACCCGAAACAACUAUCCUCUCCGACACCUCCCUCAACUCUCUCUUUACGGGUACGCUGCCUGAUGCUGCCCUCCCCGCCAUAGUCGAGAUGUUCGAGUGGACCUUUGGCCCCAAGGAGAAGUUUGAGCUGGGCGAGGCCAACUGGACGACUGGAAUGGCGAUCUAUGCCCCGACCGAUGGGCGGAGGCGCGCGGGAUUCGGCCGCCUUGCAGGAAGCGUCGGGUGGGGCGGCGCGGCCGGGACACAGUACUGGAUCGACGAGGCGGCGGGGAUUGCUGCAGUGUUCACAACGCAGGUUCUUCCCGGGUCUGGGCCGGCCACGAAGAGUUUCAAGGACGCGAUGGAGCGGGCGAUCUACGCGGCGUUGGAGUAA